AUGUCAAGUUCGGAAUUUUUAACUAAUAUGAGAAUUCGAAAUUCUACGGAAAUCGUUCAUAAAAAUCAUUUUCUCGAGGAUUUUUUCGAGGAAAUAUUUUGGAACAUUUUCGGAUUAAUAAUAAACACACACGACUGGUUAGCCAUUCAGCUGAUACUACUGACUUUAGCAGCAGUCCAUUUGCCGGAUCCCAUUCCGGCAGGUUCGUAAGUCCCGCGGGAUGUGAGAUGUCCCGAAGUCGAUAGUGAUUAAAACUUUGACUUAAACUACCCGGCCAGAACUCGGCUGGCUAUUCGGGGAUCGAUUUGGUAUUCCGAAUAUGUGACAUCUCGCGAGUUCGACGCAACGAGACGAUCCGUUGCGCGAGGAAUGAGAAUUGACGCGAACGCGACAGUAAUAAUCAAUGUCAAUCGCAAGAAUAUCCUGUCUUUAGAUUAAGCCCGAUCUGUAUCCCUCUGUUUGUUUGUUGAAUUUAUCUAGAUUCGAAUAAUUUCUUUGUCGUUGCUAAGGAAUCAUCUCGGGAAAGCUAGAGACUUUGAAUUCGUUUCCGAAUUCAUGUACAAUGUAAUUUAUAAAUUUUUUAUACUUGUAAAAUGUACAUCUUUGAUGAAUGAUCAUUUUGCGGAGAAGUGCUUGUGAUAUUCAAUGUGACGAACUUUGGAAAUGAAGGUCGAUGACGGUCAGUCACGAAAGUAUUUGCACACCUUUCUGCAAUUGCCAUUUUCGAACUACCUUUUUAGAAUAUAAGUUUCAAAAUCCGUAUCAGCAGAAUUCUAAUUAAUUAGAUUAUGGAUCGAUAAUCAGGACAAUGUGAAUAUUUCUUUGACUCUUUAUACUCUUUUAUCACGUUCUAUUACUUAACUCAAAAAUAUGACUCGUAUUCCUUUCUUCAUAAUUCUUACAAAUAUUAUGAAACUAUUUCUUCCAGAAAUAUUUAA